UUCCCUUCCAGCUGAUCCAGUUGUCUCCUCUUCUCCUGAAUGACCCCCAAGGAUGGACAAGGACAGGAAUGAGAUGACUAAGAGAAUAUUACACUUCACCUUGGAGAUCCUCCACCUGCUGACCGGAGAGGAUUACACCAUAGUGAAGAAGACAUGGGCGAAGUGUGUGGCCCCCAGCAGCCAUCUCCAUGAGUCGGGAGGAUGGAGCAGGGCCCGGGGCCCCAGCACGAAUCCUCCACCUCACUCACUGAUACAUGAGGAGAAGAUCAUAGAACUCACCCACAGGAUCACUGAGCUGCUGACUGGAGAGGUUCCUAUAAGGUGUCAGGAUGUGGCGGUCUAUUUCUCCAUGGAGGAGUGGGAGUAUGUAGAAGGACACAAGGAUCUGUACCAGGACAUGAUGGAGGAUCACCGGCCCCUCACAUCACAAGAUGGAGUCAUUGAUAGAAAUCCACCCGAGAGGUGUCCCCGUCCUCUGUAUUCCCAGGACUGUCCAGAGGGAAAUGUCCCAGAGAAGCAUCAGGGGGGAGAUCUGACUAAUAAUAAAGUGAAGGAUGAAGAAGAGAGGAUGAGGGGCCAUCACCCGUGUAUGAGGGAAAUGAAGGAGGAAAUUCCAGGAGGUGUUACCCAAGAAAAUCCCAUUAAAAACCGUGAGGAAAACGUCAUGUUAUCCCUGAAUGAUGGAGAGAUCAUGGAGCGCUCCUCAGGAGAAGAUGGAGAGAUCAUGGAGCGCUCCUCAGGAGAAGACCUCCUUACCCCUAAUGUCCAUCCAGAUCUAUCCUAUAAUAAUCCCCCUGAUCAUGAGGAACCUUCUCCUGACCAAUCACACAUUGUUACCACAAGGACAGAACAGAACGGGGAGAAAGGUUUUCACUGUGAUGAAUGUGGAAAAUAUUUCCGAAAAAGUUUAGAUCUUAUUAAACACAAAAAAAGUCAUGAAAGAAUCAAGCCAUAUCUGUGUUCAGAAUGUGGGAAAUUUUUUACAGAUAAACCAACUCUUGUUAGACAUGCCAGAAUUCACACAGGAGAGAAGCCGUAUUCAUGUUCAGAAUGUGGGAAACGUUUUACAGAUAGCUCACAUCUCAUUACACAUAGAAGAAUUCACACAGGAGAGAAGCCAUAUUCAUGUUCAGAAUGUGGGAAAUGUUGCAUAACAAAAUCACAUCUUGUUAUACAUAAGAGAAGUCACACAGGAGAGAGACCAUAUACAUGUUCAGAAUGUGGGAAAAAUUAUACACAAAAAUCGCAUCUUGUUAUACAUGAGAGAAGUCACACAGGAGAGAAGCCGUAUUCAUGUUCAGAAUGUGGGAAAUGCUUUUCAUAUAAUUCACACCUUGUUACACACACGAGACUUCACACAGGAGAGAAGCCGUAUUCAUGUUCAGAAUGUAGGAAAUGCUUUUCAGAUAAAUCGCACCUUGUUACACACAUGAGACUUCACACAGGAGAGAUGCCAUAUUCAUGUUCAGAAUGUGGGAAAUGCUUUUCAGAUAAAGCAAAUUUUGGUAAGCAUAUGAGAAGCCACACAGGUGUGAAACCGUAUUCAUGUUCAGAAUGUGGGAAAUGCUUUAUGAAAAAAACAAAUCUUGUUAAACAUGAAAGAAGUCACACAGGGAAUUAGCCAUAUUAGUAUUACAAAUGUGGGAAAUGCUUUGCAAAAAAAUCAGAUCUUUUUCGACAUGAGAGAAGGCUCCUUCUAAAAUUGCAAAACAAACAAAGAUUUUAAAAAAAGUGGAAUUCUAUGGAUUUCUGCCUUGAUUACUAGAAGAAACAGAGGCCUAACCACAGCCAAUUGGCUCUUAACCUUUAAAGUAAAAGGCUCAAGAAUAUAAAGUGCCAUGAAAAUGUAGCUCACAACGUGUUUCUGCUUUUAGUAAAUACAGCUUCUUCAGGGUAGAAAGCGGUUUAUGAGAGUAAGUACAGAUUAUGAAUAUAGUUCUAAGUACCGGGUAAGAAGUAAUAUAUUUUACAAAUAAAGCUACAUGUGCCACAUUUGGAAGGUUUUUGCACCAAAUGUGGCACAACUGGUUUUUCCCCCGAAGACGUUGUAUUUACUAACAGAAACACGUUGGAAGAUCCAUACAUACACUUUCUACCAGUGGUUGCGGUAGCGGGAGAUUUUUCACAUUCUUGAUUCUUAUAUUUUUUUUUACAUGUAAACCCAUUAAAGUAAAAUUUUGUGCUGUAUGGCAUCAUUUGGAAUUUUGUAUUGAUUACAAAUAAAAUGUGGUCUGAUUGUUACAUUUAUAUACAAAUACAACGCAACUAAA